CAUGAAUUACCCUAUGUCAAUUAUUGUCAACAUAGGUCUAAACGGAAUUUUUAACACAUUUAAGGUUUUAAAAGACUGCUAUGUUUGUGGUGCAGAGCACAGCAGGAAAGAGUUAGCAGAAUGUUACCAUUUGCUACACGUAACCGGAAGCUCAUUUAUACAGAGGGCGGUUCAUAUAGUAAUGAGGGACCAGCAGAAAUGAUCUCAAAAAUCGGGAAAUCUACAUUCAAAUUACGACGCAUUCCAAUUCAAGCAAAGUGCUUUGUUUUUGUAUUACUCAUAAUUUGUGUAUAUCUGUAUGGGAGUAUUUAUUUAGCCUGGGGUCAAAAUAGACUUACUUCAGAGGACUUUUUAGAAGUUCAUAAAUGCCCAGCCUGUUACGGACAGAAUUUCUGUUUUAACUUAUUUGACAAUCAGUUUGAUCUGUCAGGGAUAUCUAAAUAUAAAGUUUUUGAUAGAAUAAAUGUAAAGAAUGUGCAUUAUGCAAAACACAAGUAUCAGGGUCAUCAGAUAGUGCUGAAAAAACUUGGGCAUGACGAUGAAAUUAAAAUAAUUGAUGAUAGGUUGUGCAAAGACUCUUUCAGAGAGUCAGGAUGUGAUCUUGGUAAAAGAAUGGCAGUCUCAAAGACGGCUAAAGAUAUUCACGCUAGUGGCUUUUUGCCUGAACAUUUAAAAGAUUCGUCAUUCAUGUUUUUUUGUGUAACACAUAAAUUAGUAGACAGAGUAAUGGACAGAUAUCCAGUUGUAGGAAGUAAAGGAGAUCACAUGCCCUUGGAUGAUAAACUACAGAUACUGUACACAGCACAGGUCAACCCUGAACCUCUAAUGUUGUCGACAUUUCCAGCAUCAGAAGGUUGGCCAUUUCCAGAAUAUUAUGGAGCCUGUGGGCGAUAUAUUGUUGAAGAAUACAGCGGGAAACCUUUAGCAGAUUUUUAUGAUGCGCCUUUUGAGAAAAGGGCAGAUUUGGCCUAUCAAAUGAUAAAGAUGGCCGACAGGUUGACGUCGGAUCCUGAAUGGAACCUGUAUUGGACAGAUCUUUCAGCGGAAAAUUUUGCUGUGGAUCCUGCCGGCAAGUUGACAUACAUUGACGCUGAAAAUAUUGUAGUUGCUGAUAAACAGGCUACAAAAAUAGCAAACAAGGAACACUGGGAUGAGCUGUCGGAAGCCGUAUUUGUUGAAUGUGAGGAAGGUAUAACCGACUGUCUCUCGUUUGACGUCAGCCUAAUGUGUAAACACUAUAUGACAGAUCAUAAUUACUAUGCUGUGUGUAGAAAUAUGUUGUCAAGAUAUGCUGAUGAUAGAGUGAAUGGAGGGAUCCCACAUUUGUUACAUGAUAUGCCACCACAUGCAAGUGAUGACUGGGAUUUGGAUAAUCUCCUGAAUGAAUGUACGCGACCUCACCAAUCUCAGGGACGUAUAAAGGCUGCACACAAACUUCUACACGCGUUAGAUAAUCUCAGAAAUUUACCUAAACCUGAUGCUAAAGCCAAGCAUGGAAACAGAAUUCCACAUAUAUGAUAGUACUUAAAAAUGAUAGUUUUAAUACCAAUAAAAGUGUUCUUAAUUUCCUUGACUACACAAAAGCAAUAAUAAUUUAGUGUUAAUAUUUUUACCUUAACUUUGUUGAAAUGAAGUAAACAUCUGACAAAAUCAUUCCUGGAUCUUGUUAUAGAGAUUAGUGCCAUAUGAUUGGAUUGUGAUGGUUGAUGAAGGUCACCAUUACAGUAGGCCACUUUUACCGUCUGCUUUACCACUGCUACUGGCACAGAAACAAGCCAGCAUGCUCUCUAUGACAGUUGAUGUAAUACUAGAUUCUUGCCUGCUUAAAUUCAGCAUUUUAAAAUUGAAAUCCAUUCAGUUAACGGUGAAAAGUUAGGGAUUCAUAGCAGGACAACACUCUUGCUUAGUUUUGAGGAGUAAUUGUAUGGAUUUUACAAAGCUGGGAAAAUAUACUUGAGAUUGGUAAACAAGGGUUCAACUAUUGAAUAAGGAAAUAAGGUUUUACCUGUUUUAAAAUUUUAUAGCUUAGUUAUUACGGCUUCAAUACAUCUUAAAAUAAAAAUAAGAGAGAUAGAAAAAGAAGCUCUAAUUUUUAUGCUAUUUUUAGUAUUUUAUGAUUUUUGAUGAACUUGGGACCAUUAUCAAAUCACUUCCAUUACAUAGCCUGCAUAGAUGUUUUAUUUCAAGUUUUUAUCACAUCACUUCAGUUCUUUUCUAUCUACAUGUAAUAUUACCAUCAUAAAUUCCAUUACACAAUGUAAUAUAAUGGCGCUUUUGUUAUAUGUUAAGCAUCUGUUUAUAAAUGUGAUAAAGUAAUUUGUUUUGGUUAAAUUUAGUCAUGUGUUGAUAAGAAGAAUCUGAAAUUUGUUGUUAUUUGAUAUAAACUAUUUUGAAACUCCUCCAAAAAAAAUGUCAUAAAUCUUGGAAAAACUUGUGUCUAAAUCUUGGAAAAACUUGUGUCAUAUAAAAGUUUAUAUCAAAUGCCAUCUAAUGUCAGUUCUUAUAUGUAUAUCAAAGAUGCUCUCUAUCUGCUGUUUGGAGUUAUGACCCUGUUUAACUUAGAAUUUUUAAAAAAAAUUCUUAACAAAUAGAAUGAUGUUAAAACUAUGAAAGGUAUCAACAUGAAAUUUGGAAUACUUGUUAAUCAUGACAGGGUACAAUUGUUAGACAAGGGGAAUAAUUCUAAAAGCUUUAAUUUUGGAGUUAUUUUCCUUUUAAACUUAGAAUAUUUAUAAAAAUUGGUUAUUAAUAGUUUUUGCCCUUAACAGACAAGUGUUAAUACUGCACACACGGUUCUUAUUCCUUUUUUGUGUAUGUUAAAAAUGAAGAAACAAGGAAAUGUCUUUAAUAUUUGUUGAUGUAUUUUUUGAUGUUUGUUAAUAUAUUUUUAUGUUAAGAGUGACAUAAGGUGUAAUAUGAUUAUAAAUAUUGUUAUUAUUAUGUGUCUUUUUACAUAGUGCCUUGAAGUUGUCAUUGUAUAAAGCUAAAACCAGUCCCUUAGUAAUCACAACCUUUGUAAAAGUACCAUAUCUUUGUAACCUGUCUCGGAAGACCAACCCUGAAACAAAACCACACAUACACAACCAGACCACCUCUAAAACAAAGUCACAUACAAUGUACAGUCAACCAUUCAUUAAAAACCACCUCUGACAUAAGACCACAUAUAUUCUCUUUUUUUUCAUGGACUGAUUUUUUAUACUGGGGUUUAACUGUACUAUGUAUUUGUAGAGUUAAAUAAAGAUUUUUGCCUUAUUUGUCUUAUUUUGGGAAAUAGAUUGUUUUUUCUGCCUUAAGAUCUUGAGAUAAUGACUGUGUAAACUAGCAAGAGUAAUUUGGUGAGAUAUCAGUUAUAUCACUCACUGGUUAAUUUUAAUUCUCUGUAAUUUAUUAUAUAGGGCCUAUUUUCCUUCGUGAUUAUGUUCCUGCACAUUUGAACUCGAACCAUGCAUUAUUAUACAACAAUGCUCUCAAAAUUGAUAUCUAUUACCUAAAUAACACACUCAAAAUCUAUUUUCUGGGAAAAAAACAUAAUUUUUCUUUAGAUUUCUGUAAUUGAGAUUAUUACAGCUUUAUGUUCUAUUCUGCCUUUAAUUUGACAACUCAAAUUAAAAGGGGGAAACUCAUUUAGUGAAUCUUUGAAACUUCUCUGCUGGUUGGAGGGUUCUGAUUUUAAAGUCAUAAAUGUGUUUUAAGUUUUUUCUUUAGUGAGCAAGAUAUUAAAUAUACAUUGUACCAGUAUAUAUGCAUCCUACGGUUGAGAUAUAAAUGUCUUUUUUUUUUGUCUUUUUAUUUUUCAUAUUGAAAUUAUUAAGACUUAUAAAACAAUGAUUUAAACAGGUAAGGAACAGAGGUACAACACCAGGUUGAGUUAUAUGAUUUUAUUUGCUACUAGUUUCAAGUAAUAUUUAUUAAGACUUGUUGAGACAGUGUAUUUUAUUUUUUAAAAUGGUUAAGAAACUUUCAGGAACCUUUUUAAAUUAAAAUUUAAAUUCUAAAAUUACAACUUAAAUUUUGAAAAAGCUGUUUCUUCUUUUUAUUCUGUAUCUGUCAAAAAUGCAAAAGCUUGUUAUGAAAAUUUACAGAGAGAAAUAAAAGGCUUUAGACAACUAGUAAAUGUUCACCAAAAUCAAUAUAAAUGAAUUCAAAAUCAUCAAACAAAGAAAAAUGGUCAAUUUGAAAUUACUCCCUAGAUAUAGAUCAAUAUGGGCCCUGGUGCUAACAUUUGUGAUGUAUAAUAGAGCUUGUCUUUUUUUU